GGCCCUGGCCCUUCCUCGCCACACUGCCCCAGUGCCCUGCGCCCUCCACGGGCCAGGCCUCUGCCCACGUUGUCGGCCUCCCCUGCAUGGGGCCCUGCAGCAACCCAGGCCUGGGGCUCCCCGGGGCGGAGUCGCCCUCCCAGCCCCCCAAGAGAAGGAAGAAGAGAUACCUGCGGCAUGACAAGCCCCCCUACACCUACUUGGCCAUGAUUGCCCUGGUGAUCCAGGCCGCACCCUCCCGCAGGCUGAAGCUGGCCCAGAUCAUCCGUCAGGUCCAGGCCGUGUUCCCCUUCUUCAGGGACGACUACGAGGGCUGGAAGGACUCCAUCCGCCACAACCUCUCCUCCAACCGAUGCUUCCGCAAGGUGCCCAAGGAUCCUGCGAAGCCCCAGGCCAAGGGCAACUUCUGGGCGGUCGACGUGAGCCUGAUUCCCGCCGAGGCGCUGCGGCUGCAGAACACGGCCCUGUGCCGGCGCUGGCAGAGCAGGGGCGCGCGGGGGACCUUCGCCAAGGACCUGGGCCCGUACGUGCUGCACGGCCGGCCCUACCGGCCGCCCAGUCCCCAGCCUCCGCCCAGCGAAGGCUUCAGCAUAAAGUCUCUCCUAGGGGAUCCCGGGCAAGGGGCGCCACGGAGCAGCCCAGGUCUGGCGGGCAGUGGAGAGGUGGUGCCCACUCAGCCCCUGCUCUCUGAGAGGCCUCUGUGGCCCCCCUACCCCCUGCCUGGGCCCAUGAGAGCAGAGAGGGAGACUUCCCAGGGGGGAACCAGCAGGCCCUCACCCCUCUCCCCUGAGCGCAGAGCCUGGCCCCUCCACUUACUGCAAGGUACCUCAGACCCUGGGGGACUGUCCAGUGGGGGUCACAGGGCCUCACUUUGGGGGCAGCUUCCCACCUCCUACUUGCCCAUCUACACUCCCAACGUGGUAAUGCCCUUGGCUCCACUACCACCCACCUCCUGCCCCCGGUGCCCACCCUCAACCAGCCCAGCCUACUGGGGGGUGGCCCCUAAAACCCACGGCCCCCCAGGGCUGCUCUGGGAUCUAGAUGCUCUCUUCCAGGGGGUGCCACCCAACAAGAGCAUCUACGAUGUGUGGGUUAGCAACCCCCGGGACCUGGCUACCCCCACCCCAGGCUGGCUACUCUCCUGGUACAGCCUGUGAGGCUCCCAGGGCAGGGGCUGCUCUCCUCUCCCACCCCCUCCUGCCUCCCUUGGCUUGUUGAGGGGAAACUGAGGCCAAGAGGACCAAGAGGUGUCUGGCCACAGCAGCCUUGAAACACCAGACACCAGCCAGGCUGAGAGUCCACAAUGUUUACUGGACUGCCUCACGAAGGGUUGUGGCCCAGAUGGGCACCACCCUGGCCCUGACAGCCAGUCAUGCCUCUCCUACCCCUAGAGGCACGGCUGGAAGGAGCAGGGCUCUGCUUGGAGUAGCCCUUCCUUUCUCCUUCCAGGUCCCACCUUCUCUGACCCUCUGUCCAUCCGUCCAUCCAUCACCAUCUGUCACCUCCCCUCCCUGGCUCUGGGCUGGGGGAGAACCUAAUAGCGGCUCCAGCCUGAAGUGUUGUCCUCCCUCAACUGCCUGGCAAGGAGAUAGCGAAAGGGGAUGGGGGAUAGGGUCCCUACAGUGGUUUUGGUGGUGGUAGUGGGAAGAGCACAGUAAAGGAACACACAACA